CUAUAUAUCCUCCAGCAAAACUCAUUCUCAGAAAAUAACUUCAACAGAGUGAUCCAGAAAUGCCAACUCCCUCCUCAUCUUCUAACCCCCUCUCUUCUAUUUCUUCAUUUCCCAGUUCUUAUACUCAUACUCCGUCUUACCCUAUACACACAUUCUCUAAAUCAAUGAUGGAGGCGAAAAUAGAAAGUGCAGAACCAAUCAUUACCAGAUGGGAGCUAAACUCUUUCUCAUACACCAAAGAUCUCUCUCUUUUUAAUCAUAUGAGAAAAGAGGGUCAAGAGCUCCUGAAAAGUGUCAAAGACUUGUGUCGAGCCAUGCACUUCUUAGUUUCUGAAAAUUCACCUUCUGAUAAGCUUGCUCUUGCUCAAACCCUCAUGCAAAUCGCCAUGAAAAGGGUUGCAUAUGAGUUUUAUUGGAUAUUGUCCAAACACUGUGAUCAACUUGAUCCCGGAUCAGUUGCAGGUCAAUCCUCUAACGAGUUGAGAAAUUCUGAUGAGGAGGAGGAAGCAUCUGAGGAUAAGAAUAAGUUAAAGCGAGCCAGUGAGACAACUGAGGUGGAAAGUGCCUCACAGUUUGCCAUGUCUGACCUCAAGGCAAUAGCUGAUUGUAUGAUCAGUUCUGGUUAUGGUAAGGAGUGUAUAAAGAUAUACAAACUGAGCAGGAAAUCAGUUGUAGAUGAAAGAUUGUAUCAACUUGGAAUUGAAAAGUUCAAGGCUUCUCGAAUUCAGAAAUUGAAUUGGGAAGAGCUUGAACAAAUGAUGAAGAACUGGCUGAGUGCAGUGAAGAUUGUAGUGAAAACACUCUUCAGUGGAGAAAAAGCCCUCUGCCAUUGCGUGUUUUCAGCAUCUGAUAUGAUCAAAGAGUCUUGCUUCUGUCAUAUAAUGGAAGAGGGAGCUAUGAAUCUAUUUAGAUUUCCAGAAAUCAUUGCAAAAAGCAAGAAAUCACAAGAAAAAAUUUUCAGGCAAUUGGAACUUCAUGAAGCACUCACCGAUCUCUGGCCAGAAAUAGAAAUGAUAUUCAACUCUGAUUCCACCUCGGCUAUAAAAUUGCAAGCUCUUUCAUCGAAACAGAAGCUUGGUGACUCAAUUCGAACAAUUUUAUCUGACUUUGAAUCAAGAAUUCAAAAGGACUCAUCAAAGACUCCAGCUAUUGGUGGUGGAAUUUACCCACUUACUGAAUCAGCAAUGAGUUUCAUAUGUUCACUUGGAGAUUACAGUAGAAUUCUUUCUGAAAUUGUCGCUGAAUAUCCUCCAAGAAAUUCAACAGUUACAGAAACUUGCAUUGGGGGUUCAGCAUCACCAGCAUCCUUUCACCUAGCCUGGCUAAUACUCGUUCUUUUAUGCAAGCUUGACUGCAAAGCUGAGACACACAGAAAGGAUGUGGCUUUGUCAUAUCUCUUCCUAGCCAACAAUCUCAGCUUCAUCAUUGAAAAAGUUAAGACAUCUCAACUGAAGGACCUUCUCGGUGAUGGUUGGCUGAGUGUGCACACUAAGAAGCUUAAACAAUAUGUUUUAAACUACGAAACCAUUGCUUGGACCAAGGUCUUCUCCUCUUUGCCAGAGAAAAGUUCCUCAGCAAUAACACCUGAAGCAGCGAUGGAAUGUUUUCAGCGGUUCAAUGCAGCUUUUGAAGAAGCAUAUAUGAAACAAACAUCAUGGAUUGUACCAGAUGGGAAGUUAAGAGAUGAAUUAAGGGUUUCAAUAGCAGAAAAACUUGUACCAGAAUACAGAGAAUUCUUUGACACAUAUGUGGUGAUGUUGAAUGGGAAUAGAAACUUGAAAGUGCUGGCAAGAUUUGAACCUGAUGAUUUGGGAAAUUAUCUAUCAGAUAUGUUCCAUGGUGCUCCCAUCUUAGUUGAUUUUUCAUCAUCUUCAUCAUGCAGCAAAUCCCCUGGAUGCAUACUCCGAUAAAGAUACAGAACAUGUACAUGAUUACAAGCUGCAAACGUUUCAAUGCCCAAUAUAAUUACUGUUAUAAUUCAGCUGUUUCUUCUAAAAUGUUGCUUUCAGUAUUUUCAUCUGAUUAAAAAUAUGUACAAGAAAACAA